ACUAGAGAGCGACAGAGAGAACACGUGUCCGUUUCUGUAAGAGAAGAAGAACAAGGCCCACACGUGUUUAUCAAGCCUGGGAAGUUCUAGAUAUUUCGUUUGAUUUUUUUAUUUUUAUUUUAUUUCUGGAUCUGACAUAAAAAUGCCGAAGGUGAAAGCUGAGAAGAAAAGUCGACAACAUCAAGACGUUAAAAGUCAAGGGAUCAUGUUCAACACUGGCAUUGGCCAACACAUCCUGAAGAACCCUCUAGUUGUCAAUGCGAUUAUAGAAAAGGCUGCUCUGAGACCCACAGAUGUCGUUCUGGAGGUAGGACCUGGUACUGGUAACAUGACUGUAAAGCUGCUGGAAAAAGCCAAGAAGGUGGUUGCCUGUGAGUUGGACUGCAGAUUAGUGGCUGAACUUCAGAAGAGAGUCCAGUGCACGCCCCUGCAGACCAAACUUCAGGUUUUAGUUGGUGACGUGUUAAAAACAGAUCUGCCGUUCUUCGACAUCUGUGUAGCUAACUUACCUUACCAGAUUUCAUCACCGUUUGUCUUCAAGCUCCUGCUGCACCGGCCUUUCUUUAGAUGUGCAGUGCUGAUGUUCCAGAGGGAGUUUGCUAUGCGGCUCGUUGCCCAACCCGGAGAUAAGCUGUACUGCAGGCUGUCCAUCAACACUCAGCUGCUGGCUCGUGUGGACCACCUCAUGAAGGUGGGCAAAAAUAAUUUCCGCCCUCCUCCUAAAGUUGAGUCAAGUGUUGUUAGGAUAGAACCGAAAAAUCCUCCUCCUCCAGUUAAUUUCCAGGAGUGGGACGGUCUGGUUCGAAUCGCCUUUGUACGCAAGAACAAAACCCUGAAUGCAGCGUUUAAGUCUUCUGCAGUGGAGCAGCUGCUGGAGAAGAACUACAGGAUUCACUGUUCUGUCCACAAUGUGGAAGUUCCAGCAGAUUUUAGUAUCAGCAAAAAAAUCGAGUGUGUUCUGCAGGAGGCUAAUUUCAGUGAGAAGAGAGCAAGGUCCAUGGACAUCGAUGACUUCAUGGUGCUGCUGCAUGCAUUCAACUCCGCAGGAAUCCACUUUUCAUAAGAAAAGCCUCCUGAGACAUCUGAUGCUCAAAAAGUGACUGUUUCUGUCCUGGAGUUGGGCUCAAACGAACGGAGUUCUGAAAAUAGGUGCAUUAAAACGGCUCACAUUGAGUCUUAUCUUAAA